AAUCGGCUAAAACGGUCACCUGUCGGGAUCCGUUACGUUACAGCACGCAAUUCGGUGACGUUGCUAUUUUGCUUGGCUUUUGUAGGCCCUACAAUCUGAAAUUCCGAAGUGAUACGCUAGUAGUAUAAACAUUCAGGACAUGUGUCGAUGUGACUGUGGUUCCACUAUUGAUUUGUGAAUAACCAUGACGACAGUUAAGCUGCUUCCUCCAAGAUUGGACCAACCUGACUGAUGCUGACUUGCUUGCAUGUAGUGUCCAUCCGUCACAGAAAUCCUAACAUUUGACGAGUCAACAUACAUGCAAUACUCGUGAUUUUAAACUUGUGCAUUCCUGAAAUAAAUAUUUGUAGCAAAACGGUAACAUGGCUGCCUCCGGUGAACAGCGCCCUCUGUCUGACCGUCUUGAAAAUGUCCUCCAGGGGAUCAUCCCGGGACUGGGGACAAUGGAGGACCCGCCCCGCCCACCUGGGGGUGGUGGGCAGGGCCGAGACGCAAUCAUCAUUGACAUGCCGGCUGUGAACCCAGAGGAGGAAAACAGGAACGGGGCCGGUAACCAGAACGACGGUGCGGGAGAUACCAGCGAGGGGGAGAAUGGAGAUAGGCAAGGGGGUCUUGCCGAGGGACAGUUCAGGGCGCUUAGGCCCCUCAUGGAACGCACUCUGCCGUUUGUACUGAUCUUGCUGCUGAAAAUCCUGUAUGAUCACAGAAUAGGUGUAAUUGUGCUCAUUGGAAUGGGGGCUGCAUUUUUCCAUUUCAACGGCAAACUCAAAGAACAGGUUGCUCAGAGGGACAAGCGGAACUUGAAAUCCCUGCUCUUCAUGUCUCUCCUUCUGCCAUUUAAUAUUGCCGUAGUCUACUACGUCUUUGCUGAUCAGCAGCUGCCAAAAUGUUUGAUAUUUCUAAAACCGAACUUUGAAAAAAUGGACUUCUGGACUCUGCUCUGGGUCAUCGGGAUCACCGAUUAUGUCAUCAAAUAUAUCACCAUAGCAACCAAGUGCUUGGUUACCGCUCUGCCAAGAGUUUGUCUGAGCUUUAAGAGAAGGGGUCGCGUGUUCCUGUGCAUUGAGAAUAUCUCCCAACUCUACCGGUCCCUAACCCCGGUUCCUGUCUGGACAGCAUUUUUAUCAGAGGACACGGACUCGCAUUGGUUGUUCAGCUAUGCAUUGGUCCUGUUAUACAUCAUGGCAAAGAGCUAUAUGACGUAUUCAAAGAUUUUCGAGUGUUACACAACAGUAAAAAAUGUCUUUAAAGAUUCGCAAUAUGGUAGUCGGCCUAGCAGCGACCACAUACAAGGCGUUGGAGAGGCCUGCCCAAUAUGCCAAGAUAACUUCACCAAUCCAGUUGAACUACACUGCAAGCACAUUUUCUGUGAGGAGUGUGUGACCAUGUGGUUUGACAGGGAGAGAACGUGCCCAAUGUGCAGAGCCAAGGUUGCCGACAGUCCCCAGUGGAGAGACGGUUCCACAACGUCUAUCAUACAAUGGUUCUAGGAGCAAACCAAGAACGUAUCUCACUCCGAGAUUCUGUGCUCUCUGGAGGUGGAGGCCACAUCUUGUUUUGUCCCCCCUCAUCAGAGGCAAUGCAGCUGGCUGUGUAAGAUAAUUACAAGAAAAAAAUCUAUCGGAAAAUAAGAUUUCCUUUUGCUUAUAUAUGUAAAAGAUAGUGUUGAAGUUAAGUCCAUCACAAGUCCUCACAAGUCCUUGCAAGUCCUCAACAGUCCUCGGGAAGUCCACCACAACUCCUCACAACUCCUCGCAAGUCCUUGCAAGUCUUUGACAGUCCUCGCAAGUCCUCUCCAGUCCUCGCAAAUCCUCUCCAGUCCUCUCCAGUCUUCACAAGUCUUUGCAAGUCCUCAACAGUCUUUGGAAGUCCUCGCAAGUCCUUGCAAGUCCUUGCAAGUCCUCGUAAGUCCUCGCAAGUCCUCGCAAGUCCUCGCAAGUCCU